UCAGAGCAGCCUCAGUGUACUCAGGAGUGUUCACACAGAUCUUUAGAGAGGAGAGAGGCCUGUACCAGGACAAGGUGUUCUGCUUCAUCCAUCUGAGUGUUCAGGAGUUUCUGGCUGCUCUUCAUGUCCACCUGACCUUCAUCACCUCCAGAAUCAACAUUAUGAAACAUAAGAGAGAUUCUAAGAUCUUUAAACUGAAGCAAAGCAGUCCAGUCCAGUUCUACCAGAGUGCUGUGAAUACGGCCUUACAGAGUCCAAACGGACACCUAGACUUGUUCCUCCGCUUCCUCCUGGGUCUUUCACUGCAGACCAAUCAGAGUCUCCUACGAGGUCUGAUGACUCAGACAGGAAGUAGCUCACAGACCAAACAGAAAACAGUCCAGUUCAUCAAGGAGAAGAUCAGUGAGGAUCUGUCUGCAGAAAAAAGCAUCAACCUGUUCCACUGUCUGAAUGAACUGAACGAUGGUUCUCUAGUGAAGGAGAUCCAACAGUUCCUGAGGUCAGGAUGUCUCUUCACAGAUAAACUGUCUCCUGCUCAGUGGUCUGCUCUGGUCUUCAUCUUACUGUCAUCAGAAGAAGAUCUGGACGAGUUUGACCUGAAGAAAUACUCUCGUUCAGAGGAGACUCUUCUGAGGCUGCUGCCAGUGAUCAAAGCCUCCAACAAAUCUCUACUGGAUAACUGUGAUCUGUCAGAGAGAAGCUGUGCAGCUCUGUCUUCAGUUCUCAGCUCUCAGUCCUCCAGACUCAGAGAUCUGGAUCUGAGUUUCAACAACCUGCAGGAUUCAGGAGUGAAGCUUCUGUCUGCUGGACUGGAGAGUCCACACUGUAAACUGGAGACUCUCAGGUCAGAUUUCAUUCUACUGUUUUUCCAGGUUGUCUAUUUUUCUCUUUUUUUUUUUUAGAAGAAAGUAUCGGAUCUCAGUGAAGAAGAAACAAUAUAUAACUUUCGCAUACAUUGUAAAAAAAAAUCGGGGCUGCACGGUGGCGCAGUGGUUAGCGCU